UAAACAAAACUUCUCAAGGUUUUCCAUUUCUAUUUUCUACAGUAAUACAGGAGAGAAGGGAGCGCUGCAACACUCUCUCUAGUCUCUACUCCGCUACCUCCUUUUACAAACCCUCUGUUUUCUCCUCCAUUUUUGUUUCUGCAUCUCUUUCUCUCUCCAAACUCAGAAAUCAUGCACGCACCAGUCGUCGUUCUCAAGGAUUCUACGAAACGUGAAUCUGGUAGCAAGGUCCAUCAUGGAAACAUCCGAGCAGCAAAGGCCGUUGCUGAAGUAAUUCGGACAACAUUGGGUCCACGUUCAAUGUUAAAGAUGCUCCUUGAUGCCGCUGGAGGCAUAGUUGUGACGAAUGAUGGAAACGCCAUUCUACGUGAAUUAGAUCUUGCACAUCCAGCUGCUAAGUCAAUGAUUGAGCUUAGCCGAACUCAAGAUGAAGAGGUAGGAGAUGGAACGACUUCUGUUAUUGUUCUUGCUGGAGAGAUGCUCCACGUGGCUGAAGAAUUUAUUGAUAAGAGUUUUCACCCUACUGUUAUUUGCCGAGCAUAUACCAAAGCUCUGGAAGAUGCACUUGCAGUUAUUGACAAGAUCGCAAUGACCAUUGAUGUGAAAGAUCGUGCUACUAUGUUGGGUCUGGUCAAGAGCUGUAUCGGCACAAAGUUCACCAGUCAGUUUGGUGAUCUGAUUGCCGAUUUAGCAAUUGAGGCCACUUCAAUGGUUGGCGUGGACCUUGGACAAGGGCUACGGGAGGUGGACAUUAAGAAGUACAUUAAAGUUGAGAAAGUGCCUGGAGGUCAGUUAGAAGAUUCCCAGGUGCUUAAAGGGGUGAUGUUCAACAAGGAUGUGGUUGCCCCUGGAAAAAUGAGGCGGAAGAUUGUCAACCCACGCAUCAUCCUUCUUGAUAGUCCUCUUGAGUACAAGAAAGGUGAAAAUCAAACAAAUGCUGAAAUAAUGAAAGAUGAAGAUUGGGAAGUCUUGCUGAAAAUGGAAGAAGAGUACGUUCAGAAUUUGUGCGCGCAGUUGCUGAUCCAUAAACCAGAUGUAGUGAUCACUGAAAAAGGACUAAGUGACUUGGCAUGCCAUUAUUUAAGCAAGGCUGGGGUUACGGCAAUUAGGAGAGUGAGGAAGACAGAUAAUAACCGAAUUGCCAAGGCAUGUGGGGCAGUCAUUGCUAAUAGGCCAGAAGAACUGCAGGAAUCGGAUGUAGGUACUGGUGCUGGGUUGUUUGAGGUCAAGAAGAUUGGUGAUGAGUUCUUUGCAUUUAUUGUUGAAUGCAAAGAUCCUAAAGCAUGUACUGUGUUAUUAAGGGGUCCUAGCAAGGACCUCUUAAAUGAGGUUGAAAGAAAUCUCCAGGACGCAAUGUGUGUGGCAAGAAAUAUCAUAAAAAAUCCAAAACUUGUUCCUGGAGGAGGCGGUACAGAGCUGACUGUAUCAGCAACCCUGAAGCAAAAGAGCGCAUCCAUCGAAGGCAUAGAAAAGUGGCCGUAUGAAGCAGCUGCUUUAGCCUUUGAGGCUAUACCCAGGACACUGGCCCAGAACUGUGGUGUAAAUGUUAUUAGGACUAUGACUGCCUUGCGCGGAAAGCAUGCAAAUGGUGAAAAUGCUUGGACAGGCAUAGAUGGAAACACUGGUGAAAUUUCAGACAUGAAAGAUAAGAAGAUUUGGGAUUCAUACUCAGUAAAGGCUCAGACUUUCAAGACUGCCAUAGAAGCAGCCUGCAUGCUUCUAAGGAUAGAUGAUAUUGUUAGCGGCAUGAAGAAGAAGCAGGCUCCUGGAGCACAGGGACCCUCUAAACCGACAGUUGAGCAGGCGGAUGAUGCUGACAAUGAACAAAUGAUCCCAGAGUAAAACAUUUAGGCCGAGGUGCCUAACAACUUCGUCGUUACUUCUGCCUCCAGAAUCAUGUCAAAUGAUUAUGAGCCCUUUCUUUUGUUAUUAAGCGCUGUAAUUUUUGUAUGGAAUCGGUUUUCAGAAUUGGUUUUUGCGAAUAUUUUGUGUACCUUGCAAGAGCUCACAUAUGGAUGCCCAAUAUUGCUUGUAUGCUUGCUUACGGGGCUAAAGUUUUGAACUAGUCAGAUGUUUCUUUAGAGAUGGUUUAUGUGUAGGUUAUCAGAAGAAAAAACAAGAAAGGGAUGAUUUAUGUGAAGUAAUGAACCUCUGUGAGUCUGUAAUUUGUUUUAUGUCAGCCGAAAGUUUUGUAA